GGGGAGGGGGCAGGGAGAGGAAGCAGCCUUGGGUUUGUGUGGUGGUGUGGUUCUGUUGGAAAAAAGAGAGAAAAAGAAAGAAAAAGGAAAAAAGAAAAGAAAAGAAAGAAAAAUAAAUGGAAAAAAGAAAGGAAGAAGAAGAGGAAAAAAGGGAACAAGGGAAAAAGGAAAGAAAAAGGAAAAAAGAAAGAAAGGAGAAAAAAGAGAAAGAAAGAAGCAAAGAAAGGGGAAAAAUGAAAGAGAAAAAGAAAGAAAAAAAGAAGGAAAUAAUGGGGGAAAAAAAGCAAGGAUAGGAAAGAAAGGAAAAGAAAGAAAGGAAAAAGAAAGGAAAAGAAAGAGAGUAAGGAAAAGAAAGAAAGAAAGAAAAAGAAAGGAGGGAAAAAAGAAGGAAAGGAAAAAGAAAAAGCAGCUGCUGGUUAUGACUGUUAUGACUUUUGAAGCAGGAGGUCAGAAAGCACGGGGCUCCCUUGAUAACGCACACACCCUGUAAACUUUUCAGCAGCACCAUGGAAACUUCGUAUUAAUGCUGCAGUCAUUAAGAGACACAGAGGCCAGCAGAUUUAUUAGUGCAGCCGACCACAACACAUGUCAGCCCUCCCGAAACAAAGAGCCCCGUCAGCUCCACUCCUCUGCCUGGGAUGGGUGGGAAGCCCUGGGAUGGAGAGAGGGGUUCUGGUCAUGGGGAAGUGGCAUUGCCUCCGUUAACCGGCGUUCCCCAUUGUGGUCAGCAGAGCCUUGAUGCAAUUUGUUGGCAAUGAAGGUAUUUGGAGCCUGGGGAGGUACACCGUUGGAUGAGAUGGAACCGUGGUUGGUUGGACGAGAGGUCUUAGAGGUCUUCUCCAGCCUUAAUGAUUCUAUGGAAGAAGCAUCCAGCACUCACCCAGCGCUGCAGUGACAGCAUUGUGUGCCACCCACCCCGGUGCGAGACGGAGCCAAGAGAAGGAGGUCAACGAUGCAGUUCCUAGCCUGGUUCAACAUGCUGCUUCUCCUGCCGUGUUUCAGUACCACCAAAACCUGCUUCCCUGGCUGCCACUGUGAAGUGGAAAGCUUUGGUCUCUUCGACAGCUUUAGCCUGACCAAGGUGGACUGCAGCGGGAUAGGCUCACACAUUGUUCCUGUCCCAAUCCCACUGGAUACCUCCUACUUGGAUUUGUCCUCAAACAAACUGGAAACAAUCAAUGAAUCAAUGCUCACUGGCCCUGGAUACACCACCCUGGUGAGCCUCGACCUGAGCUACAAUAACAUCGCCAAGAUUUCCUCCACAACCUUCUCCAGGCUUCGCUACCUGGAGUCUUUGGAUCUCAGUCAUAACUCUCUGGAAGUCCUUCCAGAGGACUGCUUCUCCAGUUCUCCUUUGGGCGACAUAGAUUUGAGCAAUAACAAGCUUUUGGAUAUAGCGCUGGAUGUUUUUGCUUCAAAGGGUCAAGGAAAACCCUUGAAUGUGGAUCUAUCCAACAACAUGCUCAGCAAAAUUACACGGAACCAUGAAAAGAGCAUCCCCAACAUCCAGAACUUAAAUCUUUCUGGAAACAGGCUAACAUCUGUGCCAAACCUCCAAGGCAUUCCUCUUCGGUACUUAAAUCUUGAUGGCAACCCGCUGGCCAAGAUUGAGAAAGGAGACUUCAAGGGGCUGAAAGGUUUGAUUCAUUUAUCCCUCAGCGGCCUCCAUGACUUCAGAGAGUUAUCUCCUUACAGUUUCAAGGAAUUACCAGCCCUCCAAGUUCUGGAUUUAUCCAACAAUCCCAACCUAAGGUCAUUGACUGCUGAAGUUAUCUUUGGCCUGAACUCCAUACAAGAGCUCAACCUCUCUGGGACUGGCGUGUCGUCCUUGCCAAAGACUGUGCUGAAAUACCUACCUUCCCUCAAAAGCAUCACCUUGAGGAAGAACAUUCAGUGUUUUAAGACCAUCAAAGAAGGACAGUACCACCGACAAAUUGGGCUGACCAAAAAAGAGGUCCUCAGCUGUCACGACAGCCAUGGGGCUGUAGCAGCAGCGCCUUACGUUUUGUGAUGAAAGAGAAAGAAAGGGAUGGUGAAGUUGGAGUGGGAGGGUGGGGGACCGUGGGGUUUGCACAGGUGUUGGACUGAGCUGGCUUGCAGUGUGCCUUUUGUAAAACUGUCAAUAAUUUAUAUAUUUGUAUAUGCCAAUACUUGAUUGUUUGUGGGUUUUAUACACUUGCAAAUCCUCAUUUGCAGGCCCCAGAUUCUACCCGGUGUGUUUGGGGCUGCAUAGCUCAAGAACAGUGCUGAUGGACACUGAGGACCAAGCUGGGUCUUGGGGCAGAAGAGCUGCUGUGGUGCAAAACUCCACGCCCCAGACCAGUCUGCAGGUGCAAAGAUACGCCUCUCCAAAGUGCACCCCAAAACCUGCCAACUCCAUAGCUGUUGGCUUCCAAACCCAUUCUUCAUCCCUGUUUUUAAUUAUUAUUCCCCAAGAAGUGCCUUCUGGAUGUUGCCUUCAUUAGCAGCACCCUGUUCCUUGUCAUGCACUUUCAGUCUGAAGAAACAUUUCUAGACAAACCUGAACGCAGUGUGCUCCUAAUGUGCUGGUUUUUACAUGAUAUUUGCAUUGAUGUGCAAUGAACACUGAGUAAGUAGAGAGUUUUCCACUCUUUUCUCCCUAUUUUCCCAUCUCGAUCCUUGGUAUGUCAGAUUACUUUAGGUCCAGCCUUGGCAACCUCCCAUCUUUUUGACGUUAGUGAGACAUUGACACAUUGCAAAGAAGGAGAAGCAUCUCACCCAGGAACCAGCUUCCAUCAAGCAGAUUAAUUGAGAGACCACAUAGCCUAGCUUUAAAAGAAAAAAAAUAAUUCCCUCCUUCCUUUCUGGGUAAACUUGGAAGAAAACUUUGACAAUAGUUUUCAUCUCAAUGACCUUAACGCAGCCAAGACGCAGAGGACUCCGGAGCAAGCUGUCUCCAGGCUGAUGUUCCCCAGCUGAACUCAACAUCUGCAGCUCAGCUGGGAUCGUGUGAGGCAACUUCCAGAACGUGCCAGGGGAAGAAUUAGCACUGACGCCUGCAGCCCUGGAGCAAUUUGCCUAUCACGGGAAGGAUCUUGAGGUAUAUUUUCAUGCUAGUUUUUUGGCUUUUCUUUCUCUCACACGGCUUCUUGGCUACCAACUGAGAUCUGAUGAAAAGCUUUGUCCUUGGAGCUUUAUGCAUUUUUCCUCCACUCUGAAAUGCUGGCAAAGCAAAGGGGAGCUCCCCUCAUCCCACCUCUUCUACAGGUCAGGAGAAAGUGGGCAAAGGCAGCACAGUGCUGUACAUGAAGCCUUCAUCCUGCUCGUAGGAGCUCCACCAAUGGAGAUAUCCAACCCAAAUCUGCCACGCUCUGUCCUGGGGAUGGGAGGGUAUGCUGUUAAUGGUGAUCCUGCACAGACUGGUCCAUGGCUUGUUCUCCACACCUAGCCUUGCACCAGGGCAACUUUAAAGUUUCUGAAACAGGUUGAGGGAAUCACAGAAUCAUGGAAAAUCCUGAGUUGGAAGGGACCCAUAAGGAUCAUCAAGUCCGACUCCUGGUUUCACACAGUACCACCCAAAAAUAAGACCAUACGACUGAGAGUGUUGUCCAUACACUUCUUGAACUGUGGCAAGCGUGGUGCUGUGACCACUUCCCUGGGGAGCCUGCUGCAGUCCCCAGCCAACCUCUCAGCAAAGAACCUUUUCCUGCUAUCCAACCUGAACCUCCCCCGAAGGAGGAAGUGCAUGCGAAGAUGAUGGAGACAAAAAUCCAGUCCACAGCCCACCUCGGGAGUGUUGGGAGGAGCUCGUGCUUCAUCUCUACACCCCCAAAGGUCUUCACAAAUGGAAACCACGUUGCCCAAAGCAUUUGUCUCCAGCGAUGGUAGAAACCUGUUGAGCCCAUAAAAGCCAGCCACUGCCAGGGGGCUCACCCCAGAUUCAACGCCUUACUUUGGAUAUUUCAAUCCCUCUAACGUGCUUACACCCAUCUCCUUUGUGAUGGUUCAAUGGCAGAGCAUAAGGUAGGAUUUUAACCCUUUUUGUCAGUGUUGGGGGCUUUGCCCCUUUGUAGAGCCUUUGAAAGGUUCAACCAGCCUUCACAUUCAUGAGAAACACGGUGGUUUUCUUAAAAAGGCAAUGGGAAUGCCUGCAGACAGAUGGAGAUCUGGAGAAGAACAGCAGCCAAUUGCAGUGCAAGGAGGGGGCAGUUAGGGAGAAAGGAGGUGGUUGUUAGUGGAUCUUGCCUUUUUAAGAGAAUUCUUUUCUGCUGGCAGAAAAAAAAAAAAAGGUAAUUUAAGAAAAAGAAUUGUUUAAUGUUAUAAGUCUGUAUGUAGAUGCAGGGUUACAGGGAUCACAUACUGUUGGAUUCACCGGCUUUGCACCACUGUGGUAAAUUUAAAACCCAAUGUGACAAUCCAGUUGAAGACUGCAAUAUUUCCUGGUGUAAUCUCACUCUAGCUGCUAGCUGAACAAGUCUUAGCAAAGGCUGGCAAAUACCAUCGCUGUAUUAGUUUGUUUUUUACAGAACCUCAGCAGCAUUGUAAGGCUUUGUGAUUACUCACAAUAUAAUAAAGUGAUUUGGAGGUGAA